GUUAAAAAUAAAAACGUCAAGUUAAUUAUGAUGUGGUUUAAAGAGCUAUGUUAUCAUGAAGAUGCAGAGUGCAUCCUCAGGUUCAGAGCGUGGAAUUCUUUUUGCUUGGCUAACCAUCCGGAAGCUGUGCGCAGGGAGAACCGCUAUUGUAAAGUAAAAAAAAAAAAUAGACUGCAAUCUCUCCUGUACGAGAUACCUAGUUUUCUAAGUGGGGUUUAACAAAAUAAAUAAAAAUGUUUUUCCUUUACUUCUCCCUAGUCACAAACAGUACUUGCUCUUCAUCACUAGCAGAAUUGAUUUUAUCAAAAAGUCGUUACAAUAGUUAUGGAUCAAAAAGUUUCCACUUGAGUAAUAAUAUUUACUAUAGCAAAUUAUUUCAUUAAUAGAACGAGAACAAUUUUAUCCAAAGAGAAAUUAAUUUAAAAAAUUGAAAAUAAUUUAAAAUAAAUUAUAAUAAUAAAAAAAAUCAAAUGAAGAAUGGUUUAAACGUCAUUAAAGUCAAGGAGAAAAAUACGCAACAACAAAAAAAAGUUUUUAGUGACAGGAAAAAAUGUUUGACAAGAGAUGAUUUUUGAAAGAAUUUUAGAAUUAAUAAUAAAAAAAAGUGCUUAGAAUGGAUAGAGGACAAAUUUUUUUCAACUGUAUGAUAUUGUUUGCUAUAUUUCGAAUUGCAACAAGUAAUGUGUACAAUGCAAGUUUAGCAAAAAGUUUCUCAAGCAAUGAUCAAUUAUUUUUUGUGAUUCCCGGAAUUAAAAUGUCUUAUAAUCAUGGAGAUUUAAGCAUUCAAGUUUCAUUUCGUGAAUUCUUUUCUGAAAACGUCUUCGAGGGAAGAGGUAGUAGAGUUGGAGGUGGUGGGGGAAGUGGGCCCGCUGCCGCAGGAGGAAGUAGCGGCGCUGCAGGGGGAUCAAGCAAGAAAACUGGGCCACUGCAGAAAAUUAUAAGAGCAAUGAUGAUGAUUCCCUUUGCCAUGCAAGUCAUCACUUUACCAGGUGUAUUGGCGGAAAUAAAAAUUUCAUUAAUAAAAAGUUUAAUAAUUGCAAAAGUCGCAUUGGUCAUGUUAAUCAUGAAUGCAAUUAAAAUGAGUCAAACUAAAGAAGUUGUUGUAGUUCAAAAAUUACCUCCACCUCAAUAUCACGAUCAUUUUUAUCAUCCAGACUCAACGGAAUACGAAGAGGAAAAUAAUCAUGGAAUAUUUGGAAGAUAAAAAAAAAUGAAGAAGGGAAUGAAAACUUCCUCAAAAACUAGGAAAUAAAUUAAUAAUAAUUAAUUAAAAUUUAAUUGACAAAAAAAAACUAACGAUAAAUAUAAUUUAUUUGUCUAAAAAAGAAUUAUUCAAAAAAAAAAGAAAAUAUUUAUUUUGCAAAAAAAUAAAAUUUGGAAAUAAGUCAGAACUGUAGGUCAGUAAUGAAUUCUGAUUCAGUUAUUGUCCAAUGUUCCACUUUGUUUGUAACGGCAUUUCGAUCCACAUUGCCAAGAGUAUACCAGAAGAAAUUUGAUCGAUUCUGUAUUCUGUUAAUUUUCUCAUUUUCAAAAAAAAACGGGGACAAUUUUUUUUUGUUUCUAUGUUAAUUUCAAAGUUACAAAAUAGAUGUAAUUUUUUUAAAAAAAAAUUAGUAUGAAGAAAAAUGUACUGCUAAUUAUUUGUAUAUAAAAUAAAUUAAUAGGUAUUACAA